GUGGAGGAGGAAAAAACAACUGACGACAGAUCGCGUGGUUUGUUUUGGGCUCAGUGCCACUGACAUCUUUUUUCUGUUUUAGUCCAAAAAUGCAGACAGUCUGUUUUUAUUGACGCUUAAUUCGACUUUAUUCAAAUGUAAUCAACAUAUAAAACAAAUCACCACAGUAAGCUGCAUGUCAAGUCAGUUGUGUUAAGAGGCUACAAAACCUAGAACCAUCUAAAGUGGUGACUGCUCACCAUGUCCAUUUCCCGGAGGGACAGUGUGCCCGCAGGCUGUUCCUGCUCUUCGAGCGAACGAUGACGUUCUACACGGAAAAUGCUGUUCAGAAUUGUUUUCUGAAAUCGUCCUUUCAGAGCUGCCUGUAUGUUUUUCUUUUUUGCAUUUGAUGAUACUGGUUGCUGUUGUAUUUCUGGCUACGAUUCAAAUCGUUCACUGAAAUCAGCCCAGUCUCCCUCACAGCGCAUGCGCCAGAGGGGGGCUGUCGAAGAAUCAAGUAAAUAGAACAGAAGCUGGAACCACAAGUUAGCGUUCGGCAAUGACGUCACUGCUCCACAUUGCGCUCGCAGAGUAAUAGUGAGUGAGUGAGCGAGAUAGAUAGACGUGCGCCGUAGUAAAGUACACGCUACUAUGAAGUUCUGAGUGUAACGUAAUUGUUAUAGCCGUUGUCUACUCAGGGCGACCUGGAGAGGGGAGAUUUACUGUAUAUAGAUUUUUACUGCUCCGAGCGACACACGAGGGCAUUUUCUGAGAGGAUUUUCGGCGUUUUUCCUUUUAACGAAAGAAAUGUCGUCUGCGGCGGUAGCUGCUUCCAGAAGGCAGUCAUGUUAUUUAUGUGACUUGCCCCGCAUGCCGUGGGCUAUGAUUUGGGAUUUUACCGAGGCUGUCUGCAGAGGAUGUGUUAACUACGAGGGAGCGGAUCGGAUCGAGUUUGUUAUUGAAACUGCAAGACAGCUAAAAAGAGCCCAUGGAUUUCAGGAGGGUAGAUCGCCAGGUCCAGGGAAACAGCUCUCGGGGAAGGACAUUCAGGCAGGAGAUCCGGGUUCACGGCCACCUCAACCACUGGACCGCUACCCCAUCUCGUCUGACCGUCCGCCCAGGCUGGGACCAGAAUACCAGUCUGGAAGGCAGACGAAUGGCAUUCCCGUUCCUAACGGAUUCUCUAAACCAGACGAUCCACCGGAGCUGAACCGCCAGAGCCCUAACCCUCGAAGGACUAGCACUGUCCCCCCGAAUUCAGUACCUUUAGGAAACGGCAGCAUGCCUCCCGUUCAUGCUAUUAACGGCAGGCCAGGACCGAUUGGACUACCGGCUGGUCUCACGGCGGCUAGCCCCAUGGAGCUUGGUGGUAAGCGGCCAGCCUCCGUAUCAAGCACGGAGCACGAAAGAGAGGUGAAAGACAAGCACAGGCCGGACAGCUUGACUCCAGAUAUCAACGAGAACCAUAAAACCAGGGCUGAUGACUGGAUAAACAAGGGCAAAACGGUUAGAGACCUAAUGGCUCUCAACCCAUACGACAGCAGAUUUAAAAAGGACGCCAUGCAACAAAGGAUGAUGUACGAAAGCGCCCCUGCCUCCAAAUCAGACAGGGGGAAGCAUCCCAGGAGCAUGAAGCGAAAAGCCUCUCCCGAGCCAGACGGCGAGGCCACCGCGGGGAAGCUCAACGGAGACCAGUGGCUCCCGCCGCCCGGAGAUGGCAUGAAGCUGCCCGCAGCGGCGGCUCCGGCGAGCUUUGGCACGUCCACAGCAUCGCCGCUGUCUCGCGGCACUCCGCCCGAGGCCGCGCACAACGGCCAGUCACCCAUGGCAGCGCUCAUUCUGGCGGCGGAUAACGCGGGAGGCGGCAGCUCACCUAAGGACGCGAACCAGGUGCAUUCGACGACGCGGCGGAACAGCGGCAGCCCGCUCUCGCCGUCGUCCACGAGCCAGCGGAGGGGGGCAGCGACGCGGGAAGGGUCCGGCGCGGCCACCCCGCACGCGGCGCCAGCCGACCAUACGCACCCGCAGAGCGUGCCGGACUCAUCGGUGCCCGGCGGCAUGCCGCUGUGCUGCACGCUGUGCCACGAGCGCCUCGAGGACACGCACUUCGUCCAGUGUCCCUCGGUGCCCUCGCACAAGUUCUGCUUCCCGUGCUCACGAGAGAGCAUCAAGCAGCAGGGCGCCACGGGAGAGGUGUACUGUCCGAGCGGAGAGAAGUGUCCGCUCGUGGGCUCCAACGUGCCGUGGGCGUUUAUGCAAGGCGAAAUCGCGACUAUCCUGGCAGGGGACGUUAAAGUUAAAAAGGAGAGGGACCCGUGAUUAGGACACGCCAACUUUCCUCUUUUCGAAAAUGUCGAAAAAAUACGAACCUAUAUAAAUAGCCUAUAUAAAUGCGAAUAUCACAAACAUCCGAACAGAAAUUAACGGACUUGUACAUACUGGACACAUGAGAUGUGCAUAUUUCGUAAACAUUGCUGUAUACUUUUUUUUUUUUGAUUUUUUGAAUACUUUGUGUUUCUAUAUUUUUGAAGAUAAAGAUAUGUACUCAUUAUAACUGCUUACGUUCCUCUGUCAAUGUUUAACGAUUUCUCGAUGUACCUUUAGGUAUGGUGGCAAUUCCUGUUAAACGUAGAAUGUGACUAAUGCAACUCUACGAGCACUUGGCAAAAGUGAAAAAAUGCUUUUAGCUGUACUUGUAUGCACUUGUUUAAAAAACUGCCAAAUACAUUUUUUUCUGAUCUUGUAUUAAUUUAGUGUCUCUGUUUACUGCUUGUUGGAUUUAACAGUAGGAGAUAAGAGGGGGUUGUUGAUGGUGGGGACGUGGAUGGCAUGUGCUGAACAUGGUGGUAGUUUGUGUGUUUCUAGCCACUGUAAUUGGUCUGGGGCGGCGCAGGAGAUGCAUGACUAGUUGGAGAUGGAAAUACAUGUUGUCAUAUUUUAUUAGGCACCUUUGACAUUGUUUGGUUGGACUCCUAAAGAAUUCAAAAUCACCUUGUAGCCAGAGGCUGGUCAGUCUGUUUUAUAUUAAUUUAGGCCAACGUCCAACAGGAAUCAAGUAGCUGCCUGUGAAAAAUCGCACACAUACUGGAAAAUUAUGUUUUGAGGGCAGGCACACACCCCAAAACUUUCACUAAGAGAGUAACAUUUAUGUUCUGUAACUGCAUUUGCAUAAAAUGUGAUAUGUGCAGCUCUCCCAGCAACCAUAAAAUUAACAUCCCCAUUCAAAGCACCAAGAGGAUAUGAUUAUUCUGUGGGCUGGAAAAACAAGCCACGGUCACGUGACUGACCAUGGAAUUCCUGAGUCAUUGUCCCUCGUCUGCCCUUGUUCAGUAACACAGCCGUGCCAAGGUGGACUGCUUUAGGCCUGCUUGUUCUCGUUUGCUGUGGUUCAGGGCAAUGUGAAAUCUUCUAUGCAAAUCUAAAAUGUGUUUGAGUUAUUCCCUCCACCCGCAGCAAUUGAAGGACUGCAGUGUGUUUUUAAACACUGAUGACAUGGUUGUACUUGUUUAUAAAACACACAUUUUGCAUAUUUUCCCUGAGCAAUAGAUUUACAAUAGGAACGCCAACCUACCCUACGAGAAAAGGACAUGGAGUCCUGUGUCAAUUAGUAAAUAAAUACAUUGUUGCAUUGCACAAAA